CCGCGGGAGCUGUUUCUGGCCGGCCGGCUUGUGCUAAGAAGAGCCAGACACAAGAAGCACAGGAAGCACAAGAAGCGACAUGCGGGGUCGGUCCCCUUGCUUCCCCCUCGCGAUGUGCCUUGCACACGGCACGAAACCCCUUGGUGGCCUUCAUUUUUUAGUUUUGACACACGUAUUGUUUUGUUUUGUUUUUGUUCGUGCCCCCCACGUUUUUGUUCCUCCUUGGGGGAUCAUCGCAGUCUGCGGACACCGGGGGAAUUGAUGCCAUCCUGGUCCUCGCAGAGCUACACCUGGCUGGAUUUAAAGGAUGAUGUCGGAGCGCUGGAGAACUCUUGCAAGAAGGCGGCCGGGCUGUACCAGAAGUGCGCCAACCUCUGCAUCAAGGACGGAGCGUUGGCGCGCGGCAGGCUGACGUUCGAGCAGGGUCAGCUGCUGGAUAGGAGCAUGGCCGCCGCCCCCGCGGGCACUUCCUGGCCCUCGUCGCUGGUGCGUCGGGCGUGGGAAAGCCUUGUUGGCGACGGCGACGGCGACGGCGGCGGCGGUGGCGGUGCCGAUAGCGGGCCAAGCGGUGGCGAUGAGCGCGUCAAAGACGCAAUGGCAAGCGGUUGGCCUGACGAAGAACGAAGCGCCGGUGGUAGUGGGCCCGGUAGCGGGAGUGGGAUGAGGAGGAGGAGGAGGAGGAGCGGUGUUGGCGGCGUUGCCGACGCCGUCCGCCAGAUGGGUGGGGACCCCGAAGCCAUGGCGCGCGUAGGCUCGCCGCUGAGCAGGGGGACUCAGAAGCGAGGACAACAAAUCACACCCCUCAUGUGGUACAUCCAUCGGGAAUAUUUUUCUGGAUGAACAUGGGCGCAAUGGGGUGACACAAGAUACCACCAAUUCCUUCGUACACAACAUCUCGCCCAGUAGUAUGCUUGUUUUGGGAAGCUCAAAAUGUCAAUCAAAAGGGGGGCGUUAUCUUGCGUAGUAGCAUGGCAUGACGAGGCGCCAAGUAUCACGUGAGAACACCAACACACCUUCGUCUCCCCUUCUCUCUGAUAUAUCAAUCGCGCACGCACACGUUUUUUUUUUUUGGCGGCUCGGCGAAAAGGUGCGACAUAGCGGACCACCUGUAUCGGCAGGCGAAGGACAUGGGGGCGUCGCGCCGGGCACCUGUUGGUUGUCCGCGUGGGCCCGAAGUACCACCACCAUGACGACCAGCAACAGCAAGUACAUCAACAACGACGAUGGCAGCAGAAGAAGCGCCAGUGACGACGAGAACAACCAUCAGCAGAGG